CGGGCCGGGCCUGCGGUGCUGGGUGCUUCCGGCCGGGUGCCUGCGUGUGGGAAAUUCUUCCUAUAUGGAUCAUCCUUCAAGUGAUGGUGAACCUGGAAGAAGACUCUACUCUAAGCAAACCCAGGAUGAAUAGGGUGCCAAAUGAUGCAGAAAAUGCUCACAGUAGCAGCAUUGAAUCCUGUCCAUCCUUGCGAGAUGUCCACUCUAUCAACCCAGCACAGCUGAUGGCAAGGAUUGAGUCCUACAAUGGAAGAGAGAAGAAAGGCAUAUCAGAUGUCAGAAGGACUUUCUGUUUGUUUGUUACAUUUGAUCUCUUAUUCAUAACCUUGCUGUGGAUAAUAGAAUUAAAUGUGAAGGGAGGUAUUGAAACUACAUUAGAGAAAGAAGUUCUACAAUAUGACUACUCUUCUUCAUAUUUUGAUAUAUUUCUACUGGCAGUCUUUCGAUUUAAGGUGUUAACACUUGCAUAUGCAAUGUGCAGACUGCGCCAUUGGUGGGCGAUAGCUUUUACAACAGCAGUGACCAGUGCCUUUUUAUUAGCAAAAGUAAUUAUUUCACAGCUGUUCUCACAGGGUGCUUUUGGCUAUGUGCUGCCCAUCAUAUCCUUCAUACUUGCCUGGAUUGAAACCUGGUUCUUGGACUUUAAAGUGUUACCACAAGAAGCUGAAGAAGAAAACAGGUUUUUGAUAGCACAGAAUGCCUCUGAACGAGCAGCUCUUCUUGACCCAGGAGUCCUCUCUGAUGGGCAGUUCUAUUCUCCUCCUGAAUCUGUAGCAGGAUCUGAUGAAGACUCUGAAGAAAAACAAGACAGUGAAAAACCAGUCAUAUAGCAAAUAUGGAAAAGUAG